AUGACUGAGUCCUCUCGAGCUGUGCUCAUCAAAGAGCGUGUUGCACAAUUACAUGCUAUUUCAGCCCGUCGAAAUGAACUUCUUCGUCAAAUGUAUCACCUCAUCCAACAAAGGAAUAAUGUUGGAGCUCUAUUACCCACUGAAGCUCAAGAGGAAGAUGAACCUGGUCUUCAUAAGUUCCUUCAGAGAUUUGAUCUCACGAGAAAUGGAAAUGCUUCAAUUGCAAACCUCACUGAAGAUGAAUGGUCUCCAAUCCCGUUGGUAGUCGACCAAGACAGCAAAGCCGCUAUCUUUAUUCUUCCAGACUUGACUAGCCUAACUCCACAAUGUGAAACGACUUACGACCAAUUUCAAACAUUCUCCCCCAACUUGGCAUCUUACUCUGUCCCACCGCUGGGGGCUUCACCCGAAAGUAAAUUGCCGUUAUCUUUAGAGAGCACAUUACAGGUUUCUAGUUCGAAACCUCAACUCGCUGAAGAGUCUGAAGAAGACCACGAUAAAUCUAGCAUUCCCAUUUUAGACGAAUCAUUGGGAGCCCCAACAUCUGUCUCACCAUCGUCGACUUCGCCUGCUGAAAUUGAUGCACACAAGGAGAAGCUUCCCCCUGUCUCACCAGUUACCUUUAAAUCCACUAAGGAAGAAGCUGCAGACAUUCAAGACGUUACGAUGGAAGAGGAUGGUGUGCCAGUGCAAUUGCCAUCCGCUACUUCAAUCACACAAUUAUCGACAACUAUUCAAGAGCCUGUAGAGUCGAUGGACGUUGAUGAAGACCAUAGAGAUUUUCAUGCAGCCAUGAAUCCGGAGGGGAAUAGGGAAGAUAUCCGAGAAGAUGAGAUAACCGUUGUUAGUGGUGUCCGUCAUUCCCAGGCGUUGGAGUUAGAUGCCACCAGCGAGGAAGUCCUCAUCAAUUCCCUCUCGGAUUCAAAUUACAGUGAAGGCAACGAAGAUCCCGAACUGUUAUCAACGGCUGUUACCCAUUCCCUAUCCACGUUGCGACCGAUUUCUCUUGCUCCAGUUCUAACCCGUCCUCCCCAACGCCCAAUCAUCAUCGCCACUCCUUCAGCACCGCCCAUCAAUGACCAGUUGUUUCAACUUGAUAUGGCAACGCUUCCCGAAUUGUCUAUGGGCCAAACUUCACCUCCACACCCUCAUUAUCAGUCCAGCACUCGCUAUACGCUCCCUCCGAUCAACGUGCUACCUCCGGAGUUCGUUCGUAAAGCAAAGACUCUCAAGCAACGUAAGCGGGAUAAAGAACGGGAGAAAACCGAGGGCAAGAAAGAGAAAGAAGACUUGCUUCCUCUCGGUCUAAACCGGUGGGCAGCGACACUCAGCGCAAACCCUGUGUGGAAAAAAGUUUCCCGAGCGUCCAAGUGUUUGAACAGUCGUGAUUGGGCGGUAGCUAUGACUGAGUUGAGGCUGAUUCGUACUCUUGACAGAGUCGAAUUUUUGAAAGACGGCGGCAGAUGGAGUUUCCGCCAACCAAAGAAACAGAGGGGUGUCGGAGGACUUGCGAAGACGCACUGGGAUUAUCUCAUGGACGAAAUGAAAUGGAUGCGGAUCGAUUUUCGUGAAGAGCGGAAAUGGAAAAUGGCUCUCGCGUAUGCUUUAUCCACAGCUGUACUCGAAUGGCAUGCUAUGGACUCCUGGGAAGAGCGCAUUCUCUGUGGUGUCUGUGUCAAAUGGAAGUCUUCUUAUUCUUCAACGGAAGCCUUCGAAGAUGACGGCGAGGCGAUGGAUAUCGACGACACCCAACCACAAAAAAAGUCACUUGUUUCGGUCAAUUAUGGUUCUGACGACGAUGACGAUGACGAACAGGACAAGGAUGCACAAAGUGUUGUUGACCCGCUGGAGCCGGCGGCGAUGAUCGAGGAUGCUCUCGACACUGCGAGCCAUCUCAUAGACGGCGUAGGGGAAAAUACGGUGCAACCAAAGAUGGAAGACUUCGACGACCUUUCCGCUUUGCAAAAUGAAAGCGAGACGACCAACGAAUCUAUUCAAGGCAUGCCUACGCCUUCCCAAUCCAAUGUCUCUACCGACGUUGCGACUGGUUUGAAGUCAACCUCGCAUAAUCCCGUUCUUGGAUCUAAAUCCAGCUCUCAGUCAUCAAGCGGGGAUAGUGAUCCGGUAGGCUCCUCGGUGAAAGCAAUUAAGCCUAUCAAAUAUGGAUUGCUACGCGAAAACAUAGCAUACGCGGAUGAUGAGAAACUUUUCCUCAAUUCAAAUGAUGUCACUCAGUCAAGCAAUGAGAUGCCCAACUAUGAAUCAGCUCACUCUCUGGAUUUAGAUGCAUUAUUCCCGGACCUCCAACCACUCUGUCUUCUAGAUGUCACUCCAGCCACGGUUGGAAUCGAAGGGAAGAAAAAACUUGGCAAGAACUCGGAUAGGGAUGACCCCAAUAAAAGAAUCGAAGAAACUACAUACACAAAAUUAUACCCGACUGAUAAGUUUAUGUUUGCGAAACCGACUCUGAUUGGUCCUCUUUUGCCGUCUAAGCGCUGGAAAGACUCAACAUGGUUGCCAAUGGAGGAGAUGCCUGUAGUGCCUGAUUCAGAUGGUCCUAUGAAAAUCCCAGAUGAUAGUGGAAACGAUCUCUUCGACGUCAGGUCCAGCAACGGCCCGGCUAUUUUGGCUUUCCAAGUCGCAAAAGAUAAAGGGAAGCGUGGGGUUGAUCAUAUCUGGAGCGCGAGUGAUGACACUCUACUGAGAUCUCUGAGUGACAAGUACCCAAAUAAUUGGGCCCUUAUUGCGGAGUGUUUUAACGGCUCCCGUUUGACGACACCGACAGAUAGACGGUCGGCUUCUGAUUGCCUCGAACGUUGGAAGGAAAAAUGGGGACCAGAAAUGCGGCAACGGCCACUAGAAAUAGUGCAGGCACCGUUGGAGGAAACCGUGGUACCCUCGACUCCUUCUCAGAUGACCACUCGAGGCGUGAAACGGCUGGCAAGCUCAAGUGUGUCAAGCCAGAACGCACCAAUCAUCAACUCUGGGAGCGAGCCCAAGAAGCGCAGGAGGCACCUGCUUCUACAAGACUCGAUGCGCAAAGCCGCCAAGAAGCGAGUUGAACUGGCUCAAAAGAUGGUUGCGGGCCAACGGAAAACCCCAGCGAUCCACGAGACACACGGGCAAUACAGCAAAAUGCCCAAACUCACGCCAGCUGAACUCAGUCGCAUGAAAGCGGAAAAGGAUGCAAGGGAUGUGCAAGACCUCGCUCUCGCUCGGAGAAGACAAGAAGAACUUGCCAGGCAGAAUCUGUUGCGAGAGCAAUCUCAACGCAUCGGUGUGCCACCAGUUCCGGCUACCCAAGCGCCACUCUCGCAGCAGCAGCCUCAGCCUCAGCCUCAGCAGCAGCAGCAGCAACAGCAACAAUUGUCGCAGAUACAGCAGUCGCAGAUACAGCAUCUGCAACAACUUCAGCUAAUGCAUCAAGCAACUCAAGCUCAGAGAGUCAAUUCGGCUGGUUCCCUUUCCAACGCCCGGCCAGGAGUAGGGGGUUCAUCCAGGAUUUCGACGCCGUCUUUGGCAACUAAUAACCGCCUCGGUUUAACCGCCCAGCAAGUUAUGCAGCUCCAGGCUAUAGGAGGAGGAUCGGCGAUACUCAGUGGACAUCUACCUACCAACCACCAGUUUACGAAACGUGAUGCGACCAAUUCACCCUCGCAGGCUUCCCCUCCUCAUGGACCUGUGGUACCCCCCAGCGGUGUAAACUCUCCUCGCCCGGAACAAACAAAUCAUGUGCAAGGACCUCAAGUUCCUGGAAGUGGUAUUGCACGUCCAACGUCGAGUUUGGGAAAUCAAUACUACCCCGCGACUGCGGCUUACAUCCCUGACCAAGUAACGGUAGCGUUGCGGCUGCAGAUGCUCCAACAGCAACAACUUUUGCAACAACAACAACAGGCUCAACAACAGCAUCAACAGGCUCAAGGGUUCCCGAAUUCGUCAUGA